AUAAAGCUUCUGUGCUCCGUAACUUCGCGCCCUGCAAAAUACAAGGAUCCGCUGACCGAUUUACCGUAUGCAACACCUGGAGCAUUCAAAUUGAUUCGUGAAAAAUAUACGGAAUUCUUGAGAAAAAAGGGCAUCGAUUAUGGAAAUGUGGAAGAUUGA